AACGGUCGACGAGGCGCGUUGUUCUAGAAAUAAAUAACUCAUUUAAAUAGCAGAACAGCCCAAGCAGGCCAAACAUUUCAAAGCAAAAUACCAAAACUCUCUGGAACUACCAAGUUCUUAAAAAAAAACACCAACAUCGCCCAAAACACAACAAAAACAUCGCAUACCAUAAGAAAAACAUAAACAUACUGAAAAACUUACAAUAUCUAAAUAUAAAGUAACUAUUUUUUUGAUUGUGCUUCUAAGUGUUGUGCUAAACCAAUAUUAACUUGUACAAAUAUUCGAAAAUAUUCAAAGAUAUUCCAAAGUAUUUAUUCAAUACUUGAAAUAUAAGCUACGAUACAAACUUAAAACUUAAAACUAUGUAAGACUAAGAUCUAGUUUUUGUGCUUUUUGAAUCCUAACUGUUAACGUGUAAAAGCACGCAAAAAUGUGCACGAAAUUUUGACUUGAUUCGAACGACUGAAAAGUGCGUUCCAUUGUAAAGAAAAACUAAAGCGGCAAACCGAAACGCGCGAAACUUUUGAUUAAUUAAAAGUAAAACAAAAAAAAAAAAAACCCAGAGAGCCGACCAAGAACUGGCUUCUGGUGUCCAACAAACGGCCACAGGAAUCGACAAGAAACAACAACAACCACAACGAGAGUCCUGAACUCAGCCGCAAAAAGAAAAAAAAACUUUCCUACAGGAAACUAAACAAACCGGAAAUAAAAUAAAAAAGGAAAUAGGAAAAGGAAUUUAACUUUAACAGAAAAUCAACAUCGAAAUGGAAUUGGCCAUCAGAAUUGUCAAUCCGCAGUUAGCUCGCUACAAAAACAACUACAACAGCAAUACCAGCAACAUUCGCACCAGCAAUAGCAAAAAACUAAUCACCGAUAGUAGCUGCAACUGCAACAUUCAGUCCAACGACGACAACAACAGCAGCAACAACAACAACAACAACCCAGAUAUCAACAGUGACAACAAUAUAACAACGAUUACAACAGCAGCAAGAACAACAAGCAUAGACAACAAUCAAUUGUCAGCAGCAACAACAACAACAGAGGCAAAAGGAGCAUCAAUACUAGCAUCAAAACAGGCAGCAGCAACUUGCAACCACUUUGUAGCAACAACAACGCGAAAUGCAGCAGCAGCAACAACCGUCCAUCGACCAGCUGCCCGAGCCCACAGCUUCGACCAGCAAUUCGGCCACAACUAAACCGACAAUUGCAACAGCAACCACAUCGACAACAACAACGUCUGGCAACAACUUCCACCAGCAACUGCAAGCAACAACGGCAGCCACCAUGCAACGCCUGCGAACAACCUUUACGCGAUCACGCACUCCAACAGGUGCCGAAAUGAAGAUGCAGAAUAGCCUGGAGGUGCCCAAGCAGGUAAAAAAGGUGCGCUCCGCCUCUUUCGACGAGAUGCAACUGGAGUCGCAGCGUGCCUCCUCCAGUCUGCUCAAGCAGCAAUCCUCAUCAUCGGCCUCGGCAGACGAACGCUCCUCGGAGGCUGGCUUCCUGCAGGUUCCAUUGGCGGCCCAUCAGCAAAGAUCCCAUAGCUUCGAUUCGGCAACUGCCUCGGCGGGCAGCGAUGACUCGGGCACCUUUUUGGAGGUGCCACGACGGCUGAAGGCUCGACGCAGUUCGUCAACCAAGACACCGCCGCCUUGCAUCCAUUGUCACUAUCUGGAGGAGUAUGAGCGUCGUAUGACCGCCGAACAGCGUUACUUCAUCGAUCAUCGCGAGUUAACGGCUUUGAGCUACAGCAAUACCAGCUCGGAGGCGAGUGAGGAUGAGGAUGAAGUUGAGGGCCAUAACGCGGAGGAAGAGGAGGAGGGCAGUGCGGCCAUCGAGGAUGCCGAGGAGGAGACCACGGAGGCAGCUACCGAAGAAGCGGAUGAAGAUCCCCGCACCGAGGUUGAGUCCGAGCAUGAUCACGAUCCGGAUGACGAUGCCGCAUUGGAGAUGGAUAUUCGCAUUGGCAACAUGAGCCAAGGCAGCAGCAUCGAGGAGUCGCGCGCCCGCCUACCGCGACAAAUGCGGCGUCACACCAUCGGUAGCAGCUCGGUCACCUCGGCCUCCGAGGAUGAGGGCUUGGAGGGCUCGGACAAUGGUUCGCCGCAUUUUGGCAACACCUUGUUGCCACCACAGCCGACAACACCAUGUGGCAUAACCUUCACGCUAAGUCCAACCAAUGGGGAUUAUCCUUCGCCGCCGCAUCUGCCCUUAGAUCCCGGCUCGCCGCCCAUUUCGCCCUGCUCCUCCAAUUCGGGUAGAUUGCCAGCUCUGGCCCCGAUCAUUUCCACGCCCUGCUCCUCGGCGGAUGCCGAUGAUGCUGGUGCCGCUAUGGGUUUGCCAGUCCGAGCAAGACGUCGUUCGAUUUCGCGACAGGAAGCGAUAUUCGUGGAGCCCACUGGUAACUCACUGGAGAACGUUUCGCACGAGGAGGUGGACAACAGCAAUACCAAGUCAUCGGUGGACACGGCUGAUUCACUGGACGAGGCCUCGACCAUGGCCACGUGUGGCUCACCCGGAGCCGCCGGUGGCAGUGGUGCCUCCUCCAGUCAUCAUAACGCCUUUGUUGUGCGAGAUAUUUACCUAAUGGUACCGGAUUUGAAGCGAGAUCGCGCCGCCUCCGUGGAUUCGUGCUUCUCCAAGCUCUCGUCGAAUGCCAAAACGGAGGAGCUGCAACCAAGUGCCGAUGGUUGCUUCCUUACCGUACCGAAUAUAAAUGCAACUCGAUCGCGAUCCGUGGACAUCGUGCUACCAACUGACGAGCAAGCCAGAUAUAAGGCUUUAUCCAUGACCGGAUCCACUGUCACCUAUGCAGACGGGCGUACCGCUUCGGCCAGCAACUCCCGUAGACCGAUACGGAUUGUGCCCGAUUGGACGGAGAAUGCCGUGCAGGGCGAGCACUAUUGGAAGCCCACCUCCGCCUCCGGCGAUCUCUGCUGCCUGAAUGAGGAGUGCAUUAAAAGCGGCCAGCGGAUGAAGUGCUCCGCCUGCCAACUGGUUGCCCACCACAACUGCAUACCGUUCGUCAACGAGAAGAGCACCCUGGCCUGUAAGCCCACCUAUCGGGAUGUGGGCAUACGGCAGUACCGUGAGCAGACCACCACCCAUCAUCAUUGGGUGCAUCGCAAGUUGGAGAAGGGCAAGUGCAAGCAGUGCGGCAAGUUCUUUCCUAUGAAGCAGGCGGUGCAAAGCAAGCUAUUUGGGUCGAAGGAGAUUGUGGCGUUGGCCUGUGCGUGGUGCCACGAGAUUUACCACAACAAGGAGGCCUGUUUUAACCAGGCCAAAAUCGGCGAGGAAUGUCGUCUGGGCAACUAUGCGCCCAUCAUUGUGCCGCCAUCGUGGAUUGUGAAGCUGCCAACCAAGGGCAACUUCAAGUCCUCGAUACGCGUGAGCAAUAAGAACAAUGCCGCAUCGGGAUCAGGAGGUGGUGGUGCUGGUGGCGGUGCCGGUGGCGGUGGUGGCAAGAGCAAGAAGCAAACGCAGCGGCGACAGAAGGGCAAGGAGGAGAAGAAGGAGCCGCGAGCGUUCAUUGUGAAGCCCAUUCCAUCGCCGGAGGUAAUCCCGGUCAUUGUGUUUAUUAAUCCCAAAUCGGGCGGCAAUCAGGGCCACAAGCUGUUGGGAAAAUUCCAGCAUCUGCUCAAUCCGCGCCAGGUUUUCGAUCUUACGCAAGGCGGUCCCAAAAUGGGCCUGGACAUGUUCCGCAAGGCGCCCAAUCUGCGGGUGCUGGCUUGCGGUGGCGACGGCACCGUCGGCUGGGUCCUUUCCGUCCUGGAUCAAAUCCAACCGCCGCUCCAGCCAGCUCCGGCGGUUGGUGUCCUGCCCCUGGGCACUGGCAACGAUCUCGCUCGCGCUCUCGGAUGGGGAGGGGGCUACACGGACGAACCGAUCGGGAAGAUACUGCGCGAGAUCGGGAUGUCCCAGUGCGUGCUAAUGGAUCGCUGGCGGGUUAAGGUCACGCCCAACGAUGACGUCACCGAUGACCAUGUCGAUCGCAGCAAGCCCAAUGUCCCAUUGAAUGUCAUCAACAACUAUUUCUCCUUCGGCGUGGACGCGCACAUCGCUUUGGAAUUCCAUGAGGCACGUGAGGCUCAUCCGGAGCGCUUCAAUUCGCGCCUGCGCAACAAGAUGUACUACGGCCAGAUGGGCGGCAAGGAUUUGAUUCUGCGCCAAUACCGCAACCUCUCGCAAUGGGUGACGCUCGAGUGUGAUGGUCAGGACUUUACCGGAAAAUUACGCGAUGCCGGCUGCCAUGCCGUGCUCUUCCUAAACAUUCCCAGCUAUGGCGGUGGCACCCAUCCAUGGAACGACUCCUUUGGCGCCUCCAAGCCAUCGAUUGAUGACGGACUAAUGGAGGUUGUUGGCCUGACCACCUACCAGCUGCCCAUGCUGCAGGCUGGCAUGCAUGGCACGUGCAUUUGCCAGUGCCGCAAGGCCAGGAUCAUCACCAAACGCACCAUUCCGAUGCAGGUGGAUGGUGAGGCAUGUCGCGUCAAGCCAUCGGUGAUCGAGAUCGAGCUGCUCAACAAGGCACUGAUGCUGUCGAAAAGGAAGCACGGACGCGGCGAUGUUCAAGUGAAUCCCCUGGAGAAGAUGCAGUUGCACAUUUUGCGCGUGACCAUGCAACAGUACGAGCAGUACCACUAUGACAAGGAGAUGCUACGCAAAUUGGCCAAUAAGUUGGGUCAAAUCGAAAUCGAAUCUCAGUGCGAUUUGGAGCAUGUGCGCAAUAUGCUCAACACCAAGUUCGAGGAAUCCAUCUCCUAUCCAAAGGUCUCACAGGAUUGGUGCUUCAUCGACUCCUGCACCGCUGAGCACUACUUCCGGAUCGAUCGUGCCCAGGAGCAUCUGCACUAUAUCUGCGACAUUGCCAUCGAUGAACUGUAUAUCCUGGACCACGAGGCGGCCACCAUGCCGCAGACACCCGAUCAGGAGCGCUCCUUUGCAGCCUUCUCGCAGCGGCAGGCACAGAACGAGCGACGCCAAAUGGAUCAGGCCCAGGGUCGCGGCCCGGGCAGCACCGAUGAGGAUUUGCAAAUUGGCUCCAAGCCCAUAAAAGUGAUGAAGUGGAAGAGCCCUAUACUGGAGCAAACUUCCGAUGCCAUACUACUAGCAGCCCAGAGCGGCGAUCUCAAUAUGUUACGUGCACUACAUGAACAAGGAUACUCACUGCAGUCAGUGAACAAAAACGGACAGACGGCGCUGCAUUUCGCCUGCAAAUACAACCACAGGGACAUUGUCAAAUAUAUCAUCGCAAGCGCCACACGACGCCUCAUCAACAUGGCCGACAAGGAGCUUGGACAGACGGCGCUUCACAUUGCCGCCGAGCAGAAUCGCCGCGACAUCUGCGUGAUGCUGGUUGCCGCCGGCGCCCAUUUGGAUACCCUAGACUCCGGCGGAAAUACGCCCAUGAUGGUGGCCUUCAACAAGAACGCCAACGAGAUAGCCACCUAUUUGGAAAGUAAGCAGGGGACUCAGCCCGUCGACGGCUGGCUCGACGACUAGACGAAUCGACGAUCAUCUCACAAAAUGCCGCAGUUCCCCGCCAAGUAGAGCAAUCGCUAGACAAGCUUACUACUUAUUCAACAUUCAGACAUUUAAAUGAAAAACAAAACAAACAAAAAAAAAACCCCCCGAUAAUCACAAUAUCACAAUAACAGUAAAUCUCAAACAAGAACGUAAUUUUAACAUUGCAAAUUUCUCCUUUCUAUGCCAAUCGAACAAAACAAAACAAAAAAUCGAAACCAAAAUGGAUAAUGUCGUGUAAAUAACUGAACCGAACGAAAACAAUAUCAAAUCAAAUCAACAUUCCACGAAACUCAAAUGCGAUUCCGCUUAGGUCAAGAGCGUUUUAUGCAUCUGGAGAAGCAGACCCGGAUCUAAGUGGAGCCAUUCAGCGGAAGCAUUCACCCUACGAGAUAAUAUUAAUGCAUAAUGAUAAUGGCUUUUUUUUUUGUGGCAACCUUUUUUUUUUGUGUUAGCAUGUACGAGAGAAAUCUAAUUUAAAUUAAGCAAAGAAAAUACAUACACAGGCAAGCAAACACAACAAACACAUUUUUAGCGCGUAAGUGAAAGAGAACCGAUGGUAUGGAAUAAAUUAAUUUAUUUGUAAAGAAAAGCUAGCAAAACGAUAGGCAACAUUUGUCCGAAAUUUCAAUUUUAAUUACCUUUCGAUAGAACGAACAAAAAAAUACAUAAGAGUAUAUAUUUAAUGCAGCGAAUGCAGCGAAGGAAAUUCGAAAUUCAUUUGUUUCUCUUACCGAUUGAUUAACGAUAAAUGAUUAUAUUGUGAUAUCUAAAUUAAUUAACAUAUUGGACUAGAGAGCGAGAACGAGAGCAAAUAUAAAUUGAUAUUAGCAAAGGGCAUUUGCUGUAAUACUAACAACUGAAGCAAAAAAGUUGAAAACGCAAAAAAAGAAGCAAGCAAAAACACACACACACACACAGACACUAAGCAAAUAUAUAGUCUAUAUAUUAUAUAUAUUUAAUUAAAUGUACUUCUUUUGGAAUUCAAACUAGGCUAAGUGAAAACUUGAAUACUCUUGUCAAAUGAGAAAAUGAUUGAAAACGGCAGAGCAGCAGCACGAUUAGAAGAGAGACGCAUUAGCGGCACCAAGCGGCUAUUUCUCUCUCGCUCAGACAGAGGCACACACACACACACACACACACACACACACUCAGUCCCGAUGCACAGACUAGGAUGCACAACCCCCAUAGAUAUACCACCCAAUUUACCUUCAGCCCAAAGCAAAACAAAAAAAACCCUCAGCGUUUCAAACCGAAAGACUUGGGCCGAUCAAUGGCGUCCACCCCCCAAAAAACUAGGUAAACUGCCCCGGGAAAAAAAAAUAGAGAAAAGAAUAAAACAAAAAAAUAAUAGAUUUUAGGACGGGGCAGGCAGCCACAAAGACUAUCUUAACUAUCCUAUAUACUACUACUACUACUACUAUAUUCCGAACUCCUUAACUUUAAACCCUUGUGACACAAAGCAACAAUGGAACAAUUAAACACGAGCACUUGUGUGGCGUACGUAAUACGAAUCACACACUUAAUAUAUGUAGACACAUGCAUAUUUUAUCAGAUAAAGAAUAAUGUAAUAACACAAUAUUAAUAUAGCCGUUAAUCAAACCAUAUAUGUAUGCUAUGUACAGUAGAGGGAUAUUCUAUUUUUUCUAUUCAUUUAUAUUCGUAUUUUUUUGUUUUUUCUCAGAUUCCAAAUUUUGAAAACCAAAAAAUAUUCUAAUCUAAUAGUGUCGAGUCAAUUACGUUUACCGCGAUUCCCUACAAAACAUUUUUACGGCUUAGCUAAACUUAACGAUUUUAGCGUUUAAACGAAAACGAUGAACGAUAAGUCUCACUAUCGAUUUAUUAGGCACUCAAGAGCGAUUAAGUAUCGAUCACCUUUACGAUGCUGGGCCGAAUGCAGCCCUGUGCCCCCGCCCGACCAAUCGCAAUCGCGGCUUAGUUCCUGGAAAACCAUGGCUCUGGCUUUCGGAUCUCCGCAGUGCGGUUUGGAUCUAUCGGGAGACAUCGGGGGCCAUCGCCAGCAUUCCACCCAACCCGCCCCCUGAGCCACUUCCGGUCACGGAGGCGCGCUUCCGGCGUGGGUAAUCAUGUUUUGGAUUGCACACACGAGCAAAAAUUAAUGUUAACUACACAGCAAACACACCACCUCCCCACACACACACACACACACACCAACAUUCACAUCGUAGACUGUCGCAGCUGGUGUCGAAGUGUCGCAAAUCACGAUUUUCGAUUCGGGCUUUGCGGGAUCUCGGGCAUGCUGCCUUUACGCCCCAUAAGACGUGCCACCCAUUGGGCAACCGGAAUCCAAAAUCGUAACACCAAUCCACACCGACUGCGGCAACUAAUGAAUUCUUCAGCUGCGGUCAAAAUAUCAGGCGAUUGUUUAUGUCAACAAAAAGGAAAUUAUAUUGUAACUAACUUUCAAAAUUUUUAAAAAGAUCUAUACGAAACUACAAACCUUAAUGCUCAUUUUACUUUGAACAUAUUUAUUGUAGCUUGUAUAUCUUGUUUAAUUUCUUCAUUCAUGUUAAAAAGUUUACUUUUUAUUUUUUUUUUUUUUAUUGAAAAUUGUAAUAUUCUUUUAAAUACCCGCCCCAAUGGCGAUCGCAGCUGGAAAUCCAUAUGCAGUAGAGCAGAAUUGAGUAAGGAAUAUUUAGCAAUUGACAAUCUAGAGAUUUUAUAGCAAAUGAGCCGAGCAUGAAGGCCGAUGAAGCGUUUGCUAUCCCCCCUAAACCAUUCACUAUGAACCGAAACUUAAAGAAAUAAAAAAAAAAACAAAACUCUGAAAACCCGAUAAUCAAUAAGAAAUUCAAAGUAAAACCAAAACGAUUUGGUUAAUUUUCGCAAUUUGCUAUAUAGAAACAAAAAAAAAGCUUCAAAGUGAAAUUGUAGUUGAAGGAUUUAAGCGGGAAGGCGGAAUAAGUUAAGUGUCACCGAGGAGAGUGCUAUCUAUCGAUCUAGACGGACUAAAUGCUAAAUGGUGAAAGAAAUUGAUGAUGAUGAAUUAGUAGAAAGUUAAUACUGACGAGGGCUAAAAUGCAGAAAAUGGCUAGCCAAGUGUCACAGCUGUUCGGAGAACAACCGGGUCCAAGCCAAAACUAUGGAUAUCCAGAAUAUCCACUAAAAAACACAAGGAUACACCACACACACACAUAGACACAGAGAAACAGGAUAACACUAAAUGGAAACACUUACUGCAUGAUGUGUACAUAGGAACAACAUAGAUGCUAUAUAUAUAUGCGAGUAUAUAUAAAAACAUAUAUAUAUAUAUAGACAUACAUAUAUAGUAUAUAUUUUUUUCGAAUUGUUUAAGUGCAACUUUUGAACAAAAUAUGGAAAAAUGAAACGCAAGUCUUAUGAAAUCCUAGCAAGUAAGGCAAACCAAAAUUGUAAAGGUCAAGAUACAGAAAUGGAUGGAGGAACGAUAUACCUAAAAACAAUGCCUAACUGUACGAUAGUAAGCAUACUAUAUACACAUAUAUAUAUACAUAUAUUGAUAAAGUAAUAAAGCGGCAUAAAUGUGUAAAAGUAAUCUAUUUAUUUACACCGACAACCCUGUAAAUACACAAAUUCUGUGCAAUUUUCUAUCGACUCCCGCAAAACCCCGCGUUUUAAUUCAAUCCUCGCCCAAAUCGAAACUUUGAACAGACAACGACUUUGGAUUCUCCCUUCCACCUGGAUAUACACUAUAUAUACAUACAUAUAUAUAUACAUACAUACAUUUAAUUAUUAACUUACGCAAGUCUGAAAGUAUUUCUAUCGAAGAGUUCUAAACUGCUUAACUGUAAAGUGUACAUACAUAUACCGAAUUACAAACACUCACAGAUCCUAUAAACUAUAUUUAUAGAUGUAAGAAAAAGCACACUAUUGAUAACCAUCCCCAUCACUGUAUGUAUAUGCCUAUUUAAUAUAUAUAUAUAUAUAUAUAUAUAUAUCUACUUUUUUUGAAUUAGUCACUAAGCAUAGACAACAUGAAUUACUAAGUACGAUAUGCACUGCAAGCACUGAGGAAUUUGAUUCAAUUUUACUUAAGACAAACGAAAAGAGAAAUUGAAAUAGCAUUUAGCAAACCUAACGGAAAAUCAAAAAAAAAAAAACAGAAUUAAAUAAGAGAAUCUCCAAUUUCUGGGAUAAUAAUUACAAAUUUAAUAUUAAUUUUUCGAGCUACAUCGGAUGAGAAAUACCGACGAAAAAAAAAAACUGUAUUCGCUUGUGGCAAUUGUGUGGGAAAGUCGAGAACGUUUAGCAUCUGGAUUGGCUAUGCAGCAUUCGUAUGUUAUAUACUUAGAAACCCGAAAACCACAGAUACACACACACACCCACGAAUAUUAAAUAGAUGUACAAUAGUUAUAUAGACUCAUUCGCAUCGAUCCUUUAAGCCAUAGUCUAUCCUGUUAAGCUCUCAAACAAAAUUGUAAUUUUCGGAACCGCAAAAAACGAACCCCAAACGCUCAGCUACGAGUUUCUGUUUAAAAUCCAAGUGCAACUUUCAAAGAAUUGUAAAAAAAAAAAAAAUAUCAAUAACACUUUACGCUAGCGAAUCCCAACAAUAUUUGGACAAACGAUCGAAAUCAUCCACAAAAUUGCUUAUAAUAUGAAUUUUCUGACUCUCUCCUAAGGG